UUCCCUUACGAGAGAGAGAGAGAGAGAGAGAGAGAGGGGGAGAAAACACUUAUCCUCAGUCUGCAAUCUCUCUCCACAACAUUAGAGAGAUCAUAAUUCUCUGCAUUCUUCUUCUCCCUGUAAUAACCAGAGAGACUCACCAGUGCGUUUUACAAACGGCCACACAUUGAGAGCGAGAGAGAAAGGUUACAUGGGGAACUCCAAAUUCAGGCUCUCUGAUAUCAUGCCCAAUGCAUGGUUUUACAGGCUCAGAGACAUGGGCAAAACCAGGAGAACCUCAUCUCUCAACCCACCAAAAACCAGAGCUCAAAACCCACCUUCUUCUCCACCUUUGCAUCCCCACUACAACUCCUCUCCUCUUAACUGCAAAUCCUCAGACACCCAUUUCCCUGAACCCACCAAAAAGACCAAGAAGCCCUCAAAGAAGCACCAGAAACCCAAGCUUGUCUCCUCCUCUGUCUCUGCAAAUUGUAGCUGCAAGGCGACAAUUGACACAAUCCAAAGCUCCCAUUUUUCGCCGGAGUUUCGCCGGAAAAGCGAAAAUUUUAGGCAUGCCGACCUAUUUUCGCCAGAGUCCGGCGACUCCACCGAUAUAAUCAUAGACAUGGAUGAUGAAUUUAGCAGGAAAUGCUCGCCAGAAAGUUUUUUCGACUUUCCUGAAAUGGAACUUCCAGCCAUUCUCACCAAGCCUGCAAAAUUCAGAGACAUAAAAAACAGGGGAAUUCCUGAGCCUGAACCUUUCACUGAAGAACAACUGGAAGCUCCAGCCAAAAUGGAGCUCAAACUGAGGAGAGGUGAUGCAAUUAAGGACCCCCAAAAGGUUCAAAGCUCUCUCUCUCUAAAAAUCACCAAGGAUAAGAGUGUGAAGAGCUACUCUAGGGAACAGAAGAGCCCAGUAAGGAGGUCCUCUCUCUCUAACAAUGGCACUGGAUUGAAACUGAGGAGCAAUUCACCAAGAAUUUUGGGGAGUAGAGGGAGAAUUCAGAGGAGGCCAGGGCAGAAGCGAAAUCCGAGCGGGCUUUCGGGGGUAUCAGAAAGCCUGGCGGUCGUGAAGGCGUCGCGAGACCCGCAAAGAGACUUCAAGGAAUCGAUGGUCGAGAUGAUUUUGGAGAACGAUCUACGGGCGUCAGCUGAGCUCGAGGAGCUGCUUGCAUGCUAUCUCUCUCUAAAUUCCGACGAGUACCACGAUGUUAUUGUGAAGGUCUUCGAGCAGGUCUGGUUUGAAUUCACUGAUAUUCGAUUGUAGUCUAGGGAGAGAAAAAAUGUGCUAUCAUCUUGUAACUUGAGUAACAUGGGGAUGGAGAGAGAGAUGGAUCUUGAGAGAGAAUAACUGGUUUAUCAUAUCGUAACUAAAAUAACAUGUAGAGAGAGAGAGAGGAAGGAUUAUCAUCUCCUAACUAGAAUAACCUGUGAGUGUUUUUGAACGCUUACUCAUGUUCAGAAGAACAGUUGCUAUUUACAGAGUUGUAAUUAUAUUUAUGGGGUUGUUUGUAUAGUUGUAUUUAUACAUUGUAAUUCUCAGAGAUAAAUGAAAGCAUGCAUUGUGAUUUU